UUGAUGUGCUGGAUAAGUUUUGAGAAUAAGAAAACAUGUCUUGAAUUCUCAAAAUUAAAUGUAAUGACUUCCUUAAGAGAUUUAUUUUCCCCCAAACUAAAGAUAAUUCUGAUGUUGUACUCAAGGGACAGUGUAAGCUGCGCAGAACCUCUGUUUGAGUCUAAUAACUCUCUUAAUGUCCGUUUCAACCCGUCAAAGAAAACUAUCUGCAUCAUUCAUGGAUACAGACCCCUGGGCUCCAUCCCAGCAUGGCUUCAUAAGUUUACCAAGGUGUUAUUGAAACACGAAGAUGUGAAUCUCAUUGUUGUAGACUGGAACCAGGGUGCUACAACAUUCAUUUACAAUAGAGCUGUUAAAAAUACCAGACUAGUUGCUAAGUAUUUGAGUGAGUCAAUUCAAAGUCUUUUGAACCAUGGAGCAUCUCUUGACAAUUUUCAUCUCAUAGGCGUGAGCUUAGGGGCUCAUAUUAGUGGUUUUGUAGGAAAACUAUUUCACGGUCAACUUGGAAGAAUUACAGGCCUUGACCCAGCUGGACCACAAUUCUCUGGAAAACCAUCAGAUAGCAGAUUAGAUUACACAGACGCAAAGUUUGUAGAUGUCAUCCAUACUGAUUCCGAUGGUUUAGGCAUUCUAGAGCCAUUGGGACAUAUAGAUUUUUACCCAAAUGGAGGAAGAAAACAGCCAGGUUGUCCUACAACAGUUUUUUCAGGAGUUAAUUACAUAAAAUGUGACCAUCAGAGAGCAGUUCAUUUGUUUAUUGCAGCUUUUGAAACAAAUUGCAAUUUUGUUUCAUUUCCUUGUACGUCGUACAAAGAGUAUGAGAAUGGUUUAUGUGUGGACUGUAGGAACCGUUAUGGAAACACCUGUCCUAGACUUGGUAAUCAAGCUCAGCUAUGGAAAAAAGGUUUGAAGGAAAGAAUGGAAAGAUGGCCUCUCAGGACCAUUGCAUUUUUGGAUACUAGCUCCCAAAGUUCAUUCUGUACCUAUUAUUUUGUUCUCAGUAUAGUUGCUUUGGAUGGAACUAUAAAGGACGGCUCAAUUUCAUUUAGUUUAUUAAACAACCUUCAGAGAUUUGAAUACCCUAGGCUCUAUGUGAAGAGCAAACCAUUUGAUAAUCUUCAAGGAGUCAAGAUCCUUGCUCAGUUCAUAAGGGAUAUUGUGAACAUUUCAUGCAUAUAUGUAACAUACUUACAUUCCCCCGAUUCCUGCUGUUCCACGUGCCAAUACAGAGUCCAGAGUCUUGUGUUAAAGUCACUUACACACCCAGAAAGACCACCAUUUUGUAAAUAUAAUUUUGUACUUAAAGAAAGAAUCAAGACAGAACUUCUACCAGAAGCCUGUAAGACACAGAUGGUGUGA